AACAGCGCUCUGAACGGUCUAAAGAUGCAGUGGACCCCAGAGCACACACAAUGGGCAGAACAACACUUUGACAUCUCAUCCACUACCCGCUCUCCAGCGCACAAAGUAGAGGCCUACCGGGGACACUUACAGCGAACGUACCAGUAUGCGUGGGCAAACGAUGAUAUCUCUGCGCUGACUGCCUCCAACCUACUUAAGAAGUAUGCUGAGAAGUACUCUGGGAUCCUCGAAGGCCCGAACGAAAGAGCCCUUCUCUGUUCCUACUCUGAAGGCGCCACCGGACUCCUGAAUGGACGCAAGUCGGAGAAUGAGCCCUGGCAGGAGGGGAUUUACCCGAUGAACUGUGCUCCAGAUGUUAUAUCUGUGAGCAAAGCUGGAAUGACAGCUGCCCUACCCCCUACAGAUGCGUCAGCUAGCAUAGGCAGCUCCCCGGGGGUGCCGAGCAGCUUGUCUGAGCCCAGCUAUUCCAGCAGCAACUGCGGGAGCCACACGGCCACGACUCUCCACUCGAGCCUUUCCUCUCAGGAAUACAGCGCCGGCUACAACGGCUCAUACCUGCAUUCUAGCUACAGCGGCCAGACCACCCCGGCCCUCCCUUCUCCGCAUCCCUCUCCUUUGCACAGCGCCGGGCUCUUACAGCCUCCACCACCCCCUCCUCCUCCCACCUUAGUACCGAGCUACAAUGGCGCCUCGCCAAACCUCCCCAACUACAAUUAUCCGCCAACAGGGUAUCCCUCUCAAACGGCUGUCGGCCCCGGUUAUAGCCCCGGGGGAGCGCCCCCUCCUUCUGCUUAUCUGCCGUCCGGUAUCGCGGCGCCCACUCCCAUCCCUCCCUCUACUCUGCCCGGCUACACGUACCAGUCCCACAAUCACACGCCGAUUGCCCCGGCACCUCUGAACGGCAGCACAUCCAACUCGUUAAAAAGAAAGGCUUUCUACAUGAGUGGACACGGAGAAGUGGAUUCUAGCUACAGCGAUUUCAACUACAACCAACAGCGCUCUUCUCAAAGUCCCAUGUAUAGACUAGCAGACAGCAGUGUUUCAGACUCCACCAGGGGCAAUGGCUUUGACAGAAAUGCUGAGGCAUCUUCUUUGGCAUUUAAAACAACCAAACAGACAAUAUCCUCUGAUCAGCAAAGAAAAUUUAGCAUACACUCCAGCGGAGCGCUAACUCCCCCGUCUUUUGGAUCAUCCAAAAGCUCUGUGGACGACCUCCGAGCCGGGGACACCUAUGGCAAAUUCGGAUCCCCAAUAUUAAGCGAACAAAGCGAAGAGCACAGACAGCACCUGCCUCAUUCCCUAACGGGGCCCGAUGUCGGCACGCCUACCUCGUCCAUCCUCGCUGCAGAGGAGCAACUAAAGAACAGCGAUCCCAACCUGGUGGACAUGGUGACAGCAGAAAUCCUUCAGCAGUGCCCUCCGGUGGAUUGGAGUGACAUCGCCGGACUAGAUAUGGCCAAAGCGGCUGUCAAGGAGGAGAUACUAUGGCCUAUUUUAAGGCCAGAUAUGUUUAGCGGACUGCACGCAUUACCUCGUAACCUUCUUUUAUUCGGACCUCAGGGAACGGGCAGAACGCUGAUGGCUCGCUGCAUGGCUAGCCAACUGGGGGCCGCCUUCUUGCGACUUAGCAGCUCUGCACUUGUUACCAAGUGGUUGGUCGAAGGGGAAAAAAUUAUCCAGGCUUCUUUCCUGGUGGCUCGGUGUCGCCAACCGGCGGUGGUUUUCAUUAGCGAGGUGGACCUCCUCCUGUCGGCCCAACUCAGCGAGGACAGCCCAGUGAGUCGAUUGAAGGCUGAACUGCUCAUGCAGCUCGAUAGUAUUUUGUCCUCUGCAGAGGAUCACGUUCUCGUCGUCUGCUCCACUAGUAAACCCGAAGAGAUCCCAGAGUCCCUAAGGAGGUACUUUACCAAGCGAUUGCUCAUCCCCUUACCCGACGGGACUGCGCGACACCAGAUAAUCAGCCAAGUACUCUCACAGCACAACUACUGUCUUAGUGACAAGGAGAUGUCUUUACUGGUUCAAAGGACAGAAGGUUUUUCAGGACUGGACGUGGUUCAGCUUUGUCAAGAGGCCGUGGUGUGCGCUCUCCAAGGCGUUCCCGGCUCUGACUUGUCCAGUAUCCACCCCAGACAAAUGAGACCGGUGUCUUUUCAAGACUUUGACAAUGUGUUUUGUAAAUUCCAGCCCAGCAUAUCACAAAAAGAACUUGACACUUACACUGAAUGGAAUAAAAUGUUUGGAUGCAGUCAAUGA